UCCAAACUGUUGUAUAGAUUAAACAACGUGCGUGAGUGACGGAAAAUGGCGAAGGGCGAGGAUCGGAUCGAAGAAGCCAUCUCUGACAUGGAACUAGGCGGACGCACCGGUUCUGGAGCGCCGCCGCCGUCAUCCCAGAAUGAUCGUCCUUACGCCGCCGCCGGCGCAGCUGUAUUCUCACCCACUUCCGCUGUAACCAUAAUUCAAAAGAUGAUAGCGGAGGCGGUGGGGGUAUACUUCAUAAUAUUUGCGGGGUGUGGAUCGGUGGUGGUGAACAAGCUGUACGACGGAAAGGUGACGUUUCCGGGGACGUGUGUGACGUGGGGGUUGAUUGUCAUGGUUAUGAUUUACACUUUGGGUCAUGUUUCCGGCGGCCAUUUCAACUGCGCCGUCACUCUCACCAACGCCGUCUUCCGUCGCUUCUCUUGGAGACUCGUUCCUUUGUAUAUCGUGGCGCAAUUAGUUGGUUCCAUUCUUGGGAGCGGCACAUUAGCCUUAAUGUUUGAAGUAACUCCGGAAGCUUAUUUUGGUACUCUUCCGGUGGGAUCCAACUGGCAGUCGUUUGCUGUAGAGAUUGUCAUUUCAUUCCUUCUUAUGUUUGUCAUUUCCGGUACUUCAACUGAUGAUAGGGCAACAACAACGGU